GCGGCGCCUUUGUUUGCGGAGCUUUCACUUGGAAGUUCAGCCCGUUGAGCCCCCGUCGCCCUUCGUCAGCCCUUUAAUCCCUUUUUCCAGGCGUUCCUUGGCGUGGAGGGGAGCGCCGUCCCGCUCUGCUCCUCCCAACGCUGAGCUUAACGCCCUCCGGGACCCCCACUCUCCUCCGGCUCCGAGAUGUGACAGCAGAAAAGCUGCUGGUUUGGUGUGAGUGAAGAUUAACGAGCUGAAAUCUGCUGUUUACCCUCCAAACCAUCAAACCAAAUGCAAACCCAGCAUAAACUCCAGUGUGGUUCCUGCAUUCUUUAGAGUCUGACUCUUUAUUUGCAUUGGCCCAGAUGGAACUUUGGGGUCAUCUAAGCUAGCCUCUUGCUUUAAAGGAGAAACAGUUCAUCUGAAGAUAUUUAUUUAGACUACUCAUAAACUCCCUACUGAAGGAGAUUUCGUCUCUUCCCAAGUCUUGUGCAGGAAAAGGUGGUUGAAUGAUGAAUCACUUUAUGGUUCUGGCAGUACUGCUCCCCUUGAGGACUUGCUACACAACAUACUCACAGCAAGAAUCCCUCGUGUUUCCAGUAACUUACCUUAAUAUUUCCAAGGAUCUGGCUCUUCAGCAGCUGCUGGUGGAAUGGGAUGUUGGCAAGCCAGCUCAUGAUACUGAGCUGUCAAUGUCUUUUGAAAUACAAGUCCGUCGAGCAGAUGUAAAUACUACUGUGUGGACAGAGUUUCACAAUGUCACACUUGAUAAAUCAGGAAAGCCUCUUCAUUGGAUAUGGAAUUCAGACUUACCUCUGGAGUGUAUGUCACACUUGGUGAGAAUCAGGAGCAAAGUAGAAGCAUCAAAAAUCUGGAGCCAGUGGAGUUCAUGGAAGACUGUCCUAGGCCUGGACACCUCGAAUAACAGUGGACCACAGAUCUUUCCAAGUGAUAAAAUCGUAGAGGAGGGGUCUGACAUAACUCUUUGUUGCAUUGGAAGGAGAGGUCGACUCAUUGAGAAAUUCUUUCUAGACUCAGCUGAUUAUGUUUUCAGUCACACAAACAGUCAACUUGGACUUCUCACUGUGAAAAAUGUGGCACGUCGAGGAAUGCCUCACAUCAUGGUCUUCUGUCAGGAGUCUUGCAAUGAAGCUCAAUGCCGUGAUAAUGCAGUUUUAUUCGUGGGUAAACAACCUGAUAAACCUAAUGAUUUUUCGUGCCAAACUCAAGACAUGAGAACAGUAACAUGUACUUGGAGCCAAGGAGGAGACACUUAUCUUUAUGGACCUCGUUCACCAAAAUACACUUUGUUUGAAGAGUUUUCCCAAAAGCUGGUUCCGUGCACAGUAAAUUGUUCUAAGCAGUGCUCCUGUUCUUGGGAUAGAGGCAAGCAGAGAAUGUGGAAUGUCACAGUGACUGUGGAAAACCCACUGGGAAAGAAAACUGCCUUGGAUACUUUCGAUGUAACUCACAGAAUUUAUCCUGCUGCACCUUUCCAGCUGUGGGAAGAAAGCACAGAUACAAAAAUCACACUAUACUGGAAACUUCGAAGCAAAGGAAUUGAACUCUUUUGCCAGGCUGAAGUGCUCCACCCUGAUGGGAAAGUAGAACUGCAUAAUAUUUCGGAUACACUUCUCCAUUAUCCCAAAAUCACCCUAAGUGGACUGCAGCCUUACACCGAAUACACAGCUAGAGUACGCUGUGCGGCAGCUAAGCAUUUCUGGAGAUGGAGUGAAUGGAGCAAAGCCCGAACCAUCAGAACAAAGGAAGCACCUCCAUCAGGCAGACUGGACAUCUGGAGAGAAAUUACACCAGUUCCAGGGGGACAGAAUGUGACCUUGUUCUGGAAGCAAGCACCAGAUUUUCGAGCAAAUGGAAGAAGUAUUUCCUAUGAAGUAACCUGGAAAAAAGUAGAAGAUGAUGCUGAGGCUGAAAGUAUCUCCUUUUCGUCAGUCUACAAUAGCACAAGGAUUUCCAUUGAUAACCAUUCCUACAGAAUCAGUAUCAAGGCAAAGAAUGAUGUGAAUUAUUCACUUCCUUCAGCACUGAUCAUCCCUAGAGCUACAGGCACUGAACCAGAGGUCAGUCGUUCAGAGCUUAAAGAAGAACGAGUUAAUGGUACAGAUGAUGGCAUUUUUAUUUCCUGGGAACCCAGACAUCAAUAUGACAGUUACAUUAUUGAUUGGUGCAACUAUCCUAUGUUGCAGCCUUGUGAUUUGCAGUGGAAGAGAUUUGGGCCCAACACUUCCAGUGCUCUGAUCAACUCGGCUGCUUUUGUUCCGGGGGUGAGAUAUAACUUCCACAUCUAUGGAUCCGUGUCUAGUAGAGCCUCCUUACUGGAGAAGAAGACUGGUUAUCUCAGGGAACUACCUCCUCUGCUUGACCCUUUUGUGGAAAAAGUUGAUCUGACUUUUGAUGCAGUAACACUGUCUUGGGAUUGUUACCCCACAAAUGAGUCACAAACUGGUUUUGUAAGAGGCUACCAUGUUUAUGUGUCACCUAUAAAACAGAACUGCAGUUUGAAAGGAUCAAGAAAACACGUUCUUCCAGAUGAUUCGGUCUUAUGUAAAUAUACAAUCGAAAAUCCAGAAGAAAAGAGAUACACUGUGAAAAGCCUAUUGUCAAACACAAAAUACAGACUAGCGGUUAAGGCUUAUACAGGUGGAGGAGAGACUCCCAUUGCUAACUUUAUAUACAUAGAUACACCGUUUAACUCAAACAUGCUGUACCUUCUAGUCCUGGUAGUGAUAAUUCCAUCACUAAUAGCAGCUAUAUGCGUCUUGAAGAUGAAGUGGGUGAAAGAAUGCUGUUGUCCGAUAAUACCCAGCCCUAACAAGAGCAAAGUGCUGUCAUUCAAAGAGUUUAAGACUGGUCCUGAGAAAAUACUGAAACUAAAUGAUUGCGUUCCUGACGUGCUAGCAGUGGACAAUAAUGCUAAAGCCCAGAAAUUGCAUCCGUGGAGUCAGUUGUCUUCAAUGGCAACAGAAGAUAAGAUUGAUGGUCACAGUUCUUCCUGGAUUUACACUAAUGACAAUGAAGAGACAGACUUUACACCCACGCAUACGUCUCAGGCUCACACUUCAUUUGAAAAUUUUGCUUAUUCGUCUCAUCUUGCAGUUGAAUCUGAUCGCUAUCAAAGACCAGAGACACUAGAUGCGAGCAGGCCAGAACUGUCACUAGGGCUGUACCAUCCACACUAUUACUUUGAUAUUUUUAAUGAAGAUGCUGCCUCAACACCCAGAGAAACAGCUGGCAGAAAGGGAAGUCUGAGAUAUAUUUCACAAACAGCUGUGCACUGCCUAGGGAGAAGACUUUGAUGUACUCUUCUCCAUUAAGUCCAUCCUCUGUUUGGUUACACAAUAUAAAUAAGAAUUUCCAAAUGCACGACUUCUCCUUUUGAUGAAGGCUUUCACAAGCCCAGCUGCUCUUGUUCUGUUAACGCUGCAAAGCUGUUGCUUCAGGACUAGUUUGAAGUACUGACUCGUGCACAGGAGCAAUGUGUGCCGUGGUUUCAUCACAAGCUAUGGGGAUUAUAUAAGAUUUACAGACUUUUUUGUGGCCUCUAUUAUAUAGAAGGCAAGAUCGCAGUAGUUUCUCGUAGUCUGAUGCAAAGAGCUACUUCUCUUUUGCAGAGAUUAAACAUUUAUUCAGAAAGUAGAGGUGCAAGUUAAACAGUCAGGUAGGUUGUUAUGCUCAAGAAGUGUAUUUCACUUGCAGUGUUCUGUGUGAUCUUACUGUGUGCUCUGCCCCCGACUUGCCAGUGUGCAUUAUGCAGCUCCACAUGGAGCAUUACUCAGCUUUGGAGCCUUCCUCAGCCCACUGCUAUCAGGGAGGUGUUUUCUUUUUCUCAGAUGAAAGGAGUCAGCACGGAAGGAUUACCUGCAGUCAGUGCGGCACCUUACUGAAAGAUUAGAAGGAACUUUGGUUCUAGGAGUGGGACCCUGUGGACCAAAAUCCAGUGAUCGUCCUGCUUUUACUCCAUGUGUCUUCUAACCACACUUGGUGGGUGAAAAAGCACAGAAAACAGAUUUUGAUAGUACAGGCCUCUGUUAGUGGGCUGCCGCUCCCAUAUGUGUUAACUUGGGCUCCUCACACACACACCUUCUCCACCUUUAAGAAUGACCCUUUAAAAUCCUGAACAAAGUAGUGUCAGGAGUUAAGUAGAAAGGAACUCUUUUUUUCCCAGCAGGACAGCUGUUGUCAUAGGUUUUAGCACGGCACUGCCUCUGCUUCUGCACAUGAACUUCAGCUCUUCUGGCUUUAACCCCUGCAUUCAACGUAGCAGCCCCUUACUACAGUUAACGCAGUGAGCACACACCAUGGUCUGCUGCAUAGGUGUACGAAUCCAGUUUGUGAAGAACAUCAUAUUCACUCGCACUGCAGAGCAGCUCGAUCUUACGAUAGUCUUGCAUGUGUUAAAAGAAAAAAUUGUAUUCUAACGCUCAGAAACACUACAGUAGGCAGCAGUUAAUUUGGUCUUGCAUUUUGAUUUUAAAGAAUUUUACAUUUGUCAUGAAGCAGAACAGUUGGAAUUGUGUCUUAAAGUGUUAUCAGGUUAACCUCCACAGUGCACAUAGAAACCCUUUGGCUUUGCCUAAUUUCACAGUCUGGAAUCUUUGACAACUAAAAAGCAUUCAGCUUAAAAGCACAGAAUAAGCCAAGUUCUCAAAAAGGAAAAAAAUGGAAGUGUUUUUUAAAAUUUAAUCUUCAACUAAUUUGUUAAAAUGCAGUUACUCAUCUUCCCUACGUUUAACAAGCUAAUCACACUUCCUAAGAACUAAGCAGCUGCAGACACAAAUGAGUGUUGAUAGUGAACCACAUCUACGUUUCACGCUGUUGCUUGUAGAUAGCGUUGUAAUGUCCAUGAGCUGUGUUGCAACAGGAAAACCAACAAGACCUUCCACAGACAUUGGUUGAAACAAGCAUUGACCAUAAACAGCAGAAGAGUUCUUCAGGCAGGCGAAGGCGAGCUACACGCAAAAGUGAGGUACGCGCAAAGGGAGAGAUGGUUAGUUGUGCUCUGGAGGUGUUCAGUCUGUACACGCUGUGCUGUGUCCAGGCGUGAGUUGCACACUGGUUUGCUUAAGUAGAAAAAAACUGCAGUAUGGUCCUUCCUUUCAGGCUUCAGGCAGUGGAAUAAAGAAACACGGCUGGACAAAUUUAGCUGAACUGCAGUCUGACGAGAACAGGGAAGCGAGGGCAGGCUGAUGGUGUUCAAUAGAGACCUUCCAGAAGAUCUUUUCCUCCCUUUACCUGACUGUCCUUUGAGUUACAGUGAAUUUGAAAGUGUGAGACCAUGCUCUCUUUUCAACUUCAAACACGUCCAGACUGUUUCAUCACAUGUCAAGUACAUAUUGAAAGGCUUUACUGCUGGAAAAAAAGGCAAAAAAACACGAGCUGUUUUGCCACUACUGAAAUAGAAUUUAGCUGUGCAUUUUUUGGAAAAAAAAAAAGCUCAUUUUUUUUUUUUUAAAAGGUUUGAAAGGUAUCCUAAAUCGAGUUACACGUCUAGAAAAUUCUCAUAGUCAAAAAUUCCAGAGUAUCCCACAAAACAUUUUAAAUUUCAGCAUGCUGUGUUUCCUGAUGCCAGAGGACAGCUGCAACAGACUGUUAAGUUUCUCUGUUUGACAAAAUCUGCUGUCUGUGGGGCUCGGCUGCAGUAAUUCAGGCCCAGGAAGUGAGGUGUACGUGGGAGGGGGUGAUGCAGCCAGUUCUGCCUUCCUGAAGGAGGGGUGAGACCCUGGGCCUGCCGAGUUCCCACCUCACCUGCCUUGGUCUUCCCUGAGGAGAUCCUGCCCUAUUAAUACGUCACCAUCUUGGAAGCAGUGAAACUGUAUCAGUACCGGAUUGCCUGGGAGGUGCAGCUCCCCUCUUAUCUAGAAACCUUUCCGCAUGGUCGCCCUGAUGGGUGGUGGUUCAUAAAACCACCUGUGCUUAAAAUGCACACAAACAGAGGAUUCCAGGGAGGAUAAUGCCAUACAGUCUGUGCGCUAGAAGUAGAAAUGAAGAUUAGGUAUUUUUGGAUGGGUGGGGAAGCACAUAUAAUUUCCAUUUUUUUUAAGACAUCUGUCUUUGCAUUAAUGGUUAAAUGAGUUCAAACCAGUAAAGGACUGUAAUUUUUUUUUAUAAUUUGUUUUUCACAGCUGUUGUUGAGUGCUAAUACUUAAGCCAUCACAUAAUGU